UGACCAGGUUCUCUGUAGCUUGUUUGACGGCCAAGCGGUUUGUGCUCUGACUCCGUCCACGUGUUAAUUUCCCUAGGUUGAACUCGACGGGUCGAAUCAGCGUACAUUAGUCGACUAGUGGUGGGCGUGUUCAUCAUGACGGCUCCCUUCGCGUUCCCGGACAUCACGGAAAACCCAGAUGGCUGGGGUCCAUGCUCCAUCCCGGCUCAAUACAAGGAUAUGCCCUAUCAACCUUUCUCCAAAUCCGAUCGACUGGGCAAGAUUUCCGAUUGGACGGGCAACACCUACCAGAAUAUGCGCCAAAUGAAUAAAUACAACUCUCAGUUCUCUGGCUCGGCCACCCAAUACGCCUACUAUCAUGAAGAAGACGAGACCUCGUUCCAAUUGGUGGAUACCUCGCGGGCUUUACGGCCCAUGUACGGGCGCGGGCGCUUCUUCCGUGGACGCGGCAAUUUCCGCGGCCAACAGAGGUGGAAUGCCAAUAACAAUCAUAAGAACGCCGCCAAUCUGCAAGUGCUGAGCAAGGCCCAGAAGAACAAAGAACGGGAGCGUCAACGCCAAGUUCGCAAAUGGCAACAACAACGUGGCCGUCAAAACUACAACCGACCCGUGCAAAUCAAGCAACGCGAAUCUUCGGUCACCGUCCGCUCAGACUGGAUUGUCAUUGAGGAGAUGGAGAAGACCCAGCUCAUGAAACUAUCCUUACCCACCGUGAGCGACGCUGAAAGCCUAAUGAACUGCGGUGCUUUGGAGUACUACGACAAGAUCUACGAUCGCGUCAAUGUUAAGAACGCUCAACCAUUGAAGCGUAUUGACCGUAUCUUCCACACGGUCACCACGACCGACGAUCCCGUGAUCCGUCGCUUGGUCACCAGUCAGGCCGAUGCCAACGUUUUCGCCACCGACACCAUCUUGGCCACAUUGAUGUGUGCCACUCGUUCCCAAUAUUCCUGGGACAUCGUGGUGAAAAAGAUUGGAGGCAAGAUCUUUCUGGACAAGCGCGACAACACGGAAUUCGAUCUGCUCACCGUGAGCGAAACUGCAGCCGAGCCUCCACAGGAUGAUAGCAAUAGCUACAACGCCCCCCGUAAAUUGGCCCUGGAAGCCACGUUCAUCAACCAUAACUUCUCUCAGCAAGUGCUGAAGAACUCCGAAGAUCGACACAAGUUCCCCGAGGAGAAUCCCUUCGAAUGCGACGAGGAAGGCGAAGUGGCCUCCGUUGGAUAUCGCUACAAGAAGUGGGACCUAGGCAACGAUAUCAAACUGAUCGCACGUUGUGAGCACGAUGCCGUAAGUCAAGGACCCAAUGGGGACGUGCUCUUCAUGAACAUCAAGGCCUUGAACGAGUGGGAUUCGCGCUAUUCCGGUGGAGUGGAUUGGCGACAAAAGCUCGAUACCCAACGAGGAGCCGUUCUGGCCAACGAGCUCAAAAAUAACGCUGGCAAGCUGGCCAAGUGGACGGUUCAAGCCCUGCUGGCUGGUUCGGAUUUGAUUAAAUUUGGGUACAUUACCCGAUAUAAUGUCAAAGACACGUCUCGUCAUGUCAUUUUGGGGACGCAGCACUUCAAGCCUUCGGAGUUCGCCGCUCAAAUCAAUUUGUCCAUGGACAAUUGUUGGGGCGUGGUGCGAUGUAUCGUGGAUUUGGUCAUGAAACAAAAGGACGGCAAGUUCCUGAUUGUGAAGGACCCUAACAAGCCUGUCAUUCGAUUGUACGACAUCCCUGAUAACACUUUCGAAAGUGAAGAAGACACUGAUGAGGAAAACGACGAUGACGGUUUGGACACGCCUCUAAAAGUUUGAAGGGUCUGCUUACCACUCACAUCUCCCAGAAGACGAGUAAUUGCAGGCGAGAAGGACGACUUUGUACUUGUAUAUUUUAUGUAAUGUUCUUUGUGUCCCAAGAAUAUAUUGAAAAUCCCAACCA